GCGGGUGGGGGCGUAUACUGCAGCCCUACGGGGCACCUGCGUCCAGUCCUAGUUGGAGGUGGCCUGCGGCGCUCGGUUCUCUCCGCUCCGCAGCUCUGGCGGAGUCUGCGCGAUGGGCGACCCCGAGAGGCCGGAAGAGGCCAGGCCAGAGCUGGAGGAGAGGUUGUCUUCAGAUCCCAGCGAAAGUGAAGCAAAGUCAAAUGAAGAACCGCUCCUGAGGAAGAGUUCUCGCCGGUUCGUCAUCUUUCCCAUCCAGUACCCUGACAUUUGGAAGAUGUAUAAGCAGGCACAGGCGUCCUUCUGGACAGCAGAAGAGGUUGACUUAUCAAAGGAUCUCCCGCACUGGAACAAGCUUAAAUCAGAUGAGAAGUAUUUUAUUUCUCACAUCCUAGCCUUUUUCGCAGCCAGUGAUGGAAUUGUAAAUGAAAAUUUGGUGGAGCGAUUUAGUCAGGAGGUGCAGGUUCCAGAAGCUCGCUGUUUUUAUGGCUUUCAAAUUCUCAUCGAGAAUGUUCACUCAGAGAUGUACAGUUUGCUAAUAGACACUUACAUCAGAGAUCCCAAGAAAAGGGAAUUUUUAUUUAAUGCAAUUGAAACAAUGCCAUAUGUUAAGAAAAAAGCAGAUUGGGCCUUGCGGUGGAUAGCAGAUAGAAAAUCUACUUUUGGGGAAAGGGUGGUGGCCUUCGCUGCCGUAGAAGGAAUUUUCUUCUCGGGAUCUUUUGCUGCUAUAUUCUGGUUAAAGAAAAGAGGUCUGAUGCCUGGACUCACCUUUUCCAAUGAGCUCAUCAGCAGAGAUGAAGGGCUUCAUUGUGACUUUGCUUGCCUCAUGUUUCAGUACUUAGUAAAUAAGCCAUCAGAAAAAAGGGUCAGGGAGAUCAUUGUUGAUGCUGUUGAAAUUGAGCAGGAAUUUUUAACAGAAGCCUUGCCUGUUGGCCUCAUCGGAAUGAAUUGUGUUUUGAUGAAACAGUAUAUUGAGUUUGUAGCUGACAGAUUAUUUGUGGAACUUGGAUUCUCAAAAGUUUUUCAUGCAGAAAAUCCCUUUGAUUUUAUGGAAAACAUUUCCUUGGAAGGGAAAACGAAUUUCUUUGAGAAACGAGUUUCAGAGUAUCAGCGUUUUGCAGUGAUGACGGAAACCACGGACAAUGUUUUCACCUUGGAUGCAGAUUUUUGACACCCUCCCCGUAUCUAAACCUGUCGUUGGUAAAUAGCUGUCUGUUCUUCUCUGUUCAAAAAACAAAUCCAAACCUUACAGUAUCUCCUUUACAGAGUAGGAGUUUGCUCAACAGGAAAUCCAAAAGCAAAUGUCAGUCCAUUCGGAUUUAUAUGAAUGCACUGUAACUUUCCAGUUUAACAAGCAGAGUGUGACCUAAAUGUUUUCGUUUUGUUACUGAAAUAGAAGAUGGCAUUAUCUAGUGAUUGAGAGCUUGCGGGUAGGUGUCAGGUACGAGUUUGAGAUUCUGUCCUUCCUACUUUGCGUGAUGCUUGGCAAGUCAGUUAAUCUCUGUCUACCUCAGUGCACUUGUCUUUAAAAUGAGUGUAAUAGGAAGCCCUAAUUUCAUAGAGCGGACGUGAGGAGUGAGGCACAACAUAAGUACUUAAUACCACCAGUACCACCACCACUGCUGCUAUUACUGCUACUGCUUACUGUUAUGAAUAGUGUUAAUUACAGUGAUACCGUGAUAAAACACUCCCAUCUCAAAGCAGUUGUGAGCUAGAUUCUGAGACCUGGAGUUAGAUCUUUGCAUUUUUAGUGUUUGAGGAAGGAUAUAAAGAUUUCCUAAAAAUUACACUUCUCAUUCAUUUGAGAGUAACAACUUUGAAUUCAUCAGUACUUAGUAAAGGAGAUUUAGUUCUUAGCUGCUUUGGGCAGGAUGCUUGUGGAGCGGAUCCAGGAGGUUACUGUGGUAGUUUGCCUUGUGAGCAAAGUGAUUCUGCUCCUUCAGAAAUUAAAAAAGGUACCUAUUAUCAGACAUAACCCUGGAAGGUUUAAAACCAGGUAGAUAUGCUAGAAGAGUAUUUUCCAAAGAAUAUUUAAGAGCUGUUAGCCUCUCUAAAUGUUUUGUGGAGAAAAGAGAUUCUGUGGUCUCAUGAGCUUGGAAAAUGCCGUAUUGUCUCUUCCUCCUUACAGGGCUCAGUCAAUACAUCAAAGACUGACAUUCUGCAGUUCGUAAACUUAUCUCCCCCUGCUUAUUCCAAACUUCACACAGAUAUGCUUUUCAUGUGUUAACAUCUAACCUGGGUAGUGGUCUUCAGGACAUAGUUUGGGAAAAGCUGGUCUAGAACCAUUCAUACAUAGAAGAAGGGCUUGUGGACUAAGCCACGGAGAACCUGGUAGGGUUAUGAACCCAUUUCAAGUCUGUGCCCUGCUGAGUGAGGUAUGUGAUUGGGCUCAGGUGUGUUUCCUUAAUCUUCUUAUCGCUGCUUUGUGCUGUUGUGAGAUGUAGUUCUUUUAAUGCUACCGCCAAGGCUGCAAGGAGGCAGAUGGUGGGGGAGACAGGAGCCAAAGUCCCCGAGAAGUCUGCCCUCUUGAAUGUAAGGAGGUGUCAAGAGAUAGCCUGAGCCCCAGAAAGCAGUGGGGUCCCCACUCACAGCAUGCUACUUUUUUUAAAUUCCAGAGGUUAAAAUUUAGAGAUUUUCUCUUUGUAUACAUUUUUGCUCCAUUCAUGCCACAACUAUCUAAUGAUUAAAACAGGGAAUUUUCAAGUGGGUGCAAAAGGAAAUGACUAUAACCUUAUUUGUUAGAAUAUCAGAAACUAGAUAGUUGGCCUACGAUAAUAUCAUUUAUUUAUUCAGUGCUUCUUAGUUUGCCGGGUGUCUUCACAUCAUCACCUCAUUUAAUCUUACAGCAGCUCUCUGAGCUUGACAGAGCGGUUAGUAUUAAAGUCUUACUGCUGGGAAGAGGAAGGCUCAGAGGAGUGAAGUGACUUGGUCAAGAGCUGUGCAUAGUUGCUAUCCCUACACAUGUCCCUACAAUGUCAUUUUUUACAGGACAUCAUAUUUCUUGUAUUAAGUGUUUUGUCAGCCAUCUCAAUUUGAUUUUGCCUGUUUCCCACUAAAGUAUCAUUUUAAUUAUCAUAUAUAUUAAUUGAAGUCUCAAAGUAUCAUAAACAUUUUAACUAUAAUCAGGUAAUAUGGUCAAAGAAAUGUAUCUACUGCCAUGCCAAAACUUAACAUUUAAAAUUGAUAUCUGUAAUGACAUCAGAAUGAAAGAAACACUGUCUACAUCUACAGCCCACUUCUCCCUUGUUCUGAAUCCAAAUUUUUCUCUGAGGUAAAGACCUUCGCCUUAAUAUGAAGUUUAUUUACAGUAGCAAUAAACCUAACUGGAUUGAGAUGAAACCAUUUUAAUACCAAAAUACUGGAUUUUAUACACUGGUAUAUUAUAUUCAAUAUUCUAUACCCUCUUCCAGGCCCCCAGGUUGCAUAUUUAUUUAUUAUGUUUAAUAUUUUGGCUCUUAGUUUUUAAGGUAUCAAGAAGUUGUGAAAUUUCUUUUUAAUAUUAUUUUGUAGGUAAAGAAAAAAUUCAGAGUAUGUGUAUAGUUUUUUAACAGCAUCUGUAUUUAAAUCAUUGCUUUAGUAGUUAAAGUUAAGUUUACUUGGGAAUAUGAACACCGGCAGUUCUGUGAUACACUGCAUUUACUAAAAAUGUUGCAGUGCGGUGCGCGGAAUCGCCUCUCGGAAGGGUUCAGGGAGACACAUCCAUUCGGUGUGUUCCAAUGGGGCUGUCUGCUGUCCGAUCAUGUACAAUAAUAAACAAUCAUCAUUUCAACCUAA